AACUACGUCAAUUUUAUGCGUUUAAAAUUCUCCGCUCGUAAACCCUCAAUUUCCUUUUCGUUCUCUCUGCCCUCCUUACAUUAGGAGGCGCCGUGUAACCCCUCCUCCAAAAAAAAACUACCUCCAAAUUCUCUUUCUUCAGAAAACCUAAAAUCCUGAAACUCACCAUGGCCACCGAUCCAACUCAGCUCCAACUCGCCCAUAUCUUGGGCCCUGACCCGACCCACUUCGAAACCCUCAUCUCCCACCUCAUGUCUUCCUCCAACGACCAACGUUCACAAGCUGAGUCGCUUUUCCACCUCGCUAAAGAAACUCAACCUGACUCACUAUCACUUGCGCUCUGCCGAGUCCUAUCUUCAUCCCUUCGUCCUGAACUCCGCGCCCUGGCCGCCGUUCUCCUCCGUAAAAUCUUAACUCCCGCCCCUGAUUACUCAAUUCUCUUUUCACAACUAGCUGAAACCACACGUGACAGCAUCAAAUCUGCACUUUUAUCCUCUCUCCAAACCGAACAAUCGAAAACUAACGUUAAAAAACUCUGCGAUACCAUUUCCGAACUUGCUUCUUCGGUCGCUUGUAUUGGAGGCUGGCCGGAAUUAUUAUCUUUUCUGUUCCAAUGUGUGAAUUCUACGAAUUCGAAUCUUGAAGAAUCGGCUCUUUUCAUCUUAUCUCGAUUAGCUCAGAACAGUGGAGAAAUAACCGAAACCCUAAUCCCUCAUUCAAACACUCUCCAUUCCGUUUUCUUCAGAUGUUUAUCCAAUCCUUCUAGUUGCGAUGUUCAGAUAGCAGCUUUAAACGCUUCAGUGAGUUUUAUUCAGUGUCUUUCAAACGCUAAAGAUCGCGACGUUUUCCAAGAUUUAUUGCCAUAUAUGAUGCAGACCUUGACGGAGGCGUUGAACUCUGGAUUAGAAGCCACGGCUCAGGAGGCUUUGGAAUUGCUAAUUGAAUUAGCCGGGACUGAGCCAAGGUUUUUAAGGAGGCAAAUAAUGGAAGUAGUCGGAUCAAUGUUACAAAUUGCAGAGGCGGAUAGUUUAGAAGAAGGGACACGUCAUUUAGCAGUUGAAUUUGUUAUCACCUUAACAGAGUCAAGAGAGAGGGCUCCGGGGAUGAUGAGAAAAUUACCGCAGUUUAUAAGAAGUUUAUUUGGGGUGUUAAUGAAUAUGUUGGUGGAUAUUGAGGAUGAACCAGAUUGGUAUGAUGUAGAGAAUGAGGAUGAGAAUGUUGGGGAAACAAGUAAUUAUGGAGUUGGUCAAGAGUGUUUGGAUAGAUUAUCAAUUUCUUUAGGAGGUAAUACGGUUCUUCCGGUAGCUUCAGAGUUGUUUCCAGUAUUUCUUGCUGCUGGGGAGUGGCAGAAACGGCAUGCUGCUCUUAUUGCGCUUGCUCAGAUUGCUGAGGGUUGUUCCAAGGUUAUGAUAAAAAAUCUAGAACAGGUAGUGUCAAUGGUUUUGAAUUCAUUUCAGGAUGCCCAUUCUCGAGUUCGAUGGGCAGCUAUUAAUGCCAUUGGUCAGUUGUCUACGGACUUGGGCCCGGAGUUGCAGACUCAAUAUCAUUACAGAGUGUUGCCUGCAUUAGCUGGAGCCAUGGACGACUUUCAAAAUCCUCGUGUGCAGGCCCAUGCUGCUUCAGCUGUCCUUAAUUUCAGUGAAAAUUGUACCCCGGACAUCCUAACUCCAUAUCUGGAUGGGAUUGUGAGCAAACUUCUUGUACUCCUUCAGAAUGGGAAGCAAAUGGUGCAGGAGGGUGCUUUGACAGCUUUGGCAUCAGUUGCUGAUUCAUCUCAGGAGCAAUUCCAGAAAUAUUAUGAUGCUGUGAUGCCUUACUUGAAAGCUAUCUUGGUUAAUGCAAAUGAUAAAUCAAAUCGCAUGCUUCGUGCCAGAGCUAUGGAAUGCAUUAGUCUGGUUGGCAUGGCUGUUGGAAAGGGCAAAUUUAGGGAUGAUGCUAAACAGGUUAUGGAAGUCUUAAUGUCAUUGCAAGGAUCCCAAAUGGAGUCGGAUGAUCCAACAACAAGCUACAUGUUACAGGCUUGGGCCAGACUUUGCAAGUGCCUUGGACAGGAUUUUCUUCCUUACAUGAGUGUUGUCAUGCCUCCUUUGCUUCAAUCUGCUCAGCUUAAGCCUGAUGUAACAAUCACAUCUACAGAUUCUGAUGAUGAUAUUUAUGACGAUGAUGAAAGCAUUGAGACGAUUACUCUCGGUGAUAAAAGGAUAGGGAUCAAAACUAGUGUCUUGGAAGAAAAAGCUACAGCUUGCAACAUGUUAUGUUGUUAUGCUGAUGAGUUGAAGGAAGGAUUCUUUCCUUGGAUUGAUCAGGUUGCUACUACUUUAGUUCCCCUUCUAAAAUUUUAUUUUCAUGAAGAAGUUAGGAAGGCAGCUGUUUCAGCCAUGCCGGAGCUAUUACAUUCAGCUAAAUUAGCUGUUGAGAAAGGGCAAUCUCAAGGUCGAAAUGAAACAUAUAUAAAACAGUUGACUGAUUACAUAAUACCAACUCUAGUGGAGGCUUUACACAAGGAGCCUGAGGUAGAAAUUUGUGGGAGCAUGUUGGAUUCAUUGAAUGAAUGCAUACAGAUUUCUGGACCGUUUCUUGAUGAGGGCCAAGUACGGUGCAUUGUUGAUGAGAUUAAACAGGUGAUCAUAGCUAGCUCAGCUAGAAAACGAGAAAGAGCAGAGAGGGCUAAAGCAGAGGACUUUGAUGCAGAAGAAAGAGAAAUGCUUGAGGAGGAAAAUGAGCAGGAAGAAGAAGUUUUUGGUCAAGUUGGUGAUUUGUUGGGCACUUUGAUAAAAACAUUCAAGUCAUCCUUCUUGCCUUUCUUCCAGGAGCUUACAUCUUAUGUAACCCCUAUGUGGGGUAAGGAUAAAACAGCAGAAGAAAGGAGAAUUGCCAUCUGUAUAUUUGAUGAUGUUGCAGAGCACUGUCGUGAGGCAGCUCUUAAGUACUAUGACACGUAUCUUCCUUUCCUAUUAGAGGCGUGCAAUGAUGAAAAUCCUGAUGUUUGCCAGGCAGCUGUAUAUGGGGUUGGUGUGUGUGCUGAGUUUGGUGGAUCUGUGUUCAAACCUCUUGUUCGAGAGGCCCUCUCCAGGCUGGAUGCUGUUAUUAGACAUCCUAAUGCAUUGCAUCCAGACAAUGUUAUGGUUUAUGACAAUGCCGUUUCAGCUCUUGGAAAAAUAUGCCAAUUUCAUCGGGAUAGCAUAGAUGCUGCUCAGAUUAUCCCUGCUUGGUUGAGUUGCUUGCCGAUAAAAGGUGAUCUGAUUGAGGCGAAGUUUGUUCAUGACCAGCUUUGUUCAAUGGUUGAAAGGUCAGAUCAGGAACUCUUAGGGCCCAACAAUCAGUAUCUUCCCAAGAUAGUUGCUGUUUUUGCAGAGGUUUUAUGUGCCGGUAAAGAUCUGGCGACAGAGCAAACUGCUAGUAGAAUGAUUAAUCUGUUAAGGCAUCUCCAGCAAUCAUUACCUGCGUCUACACUAGCAUCAACCUGGUCAUCCUUGCAGCCACAGCAGCAGCUUGCUUUGCAAUCAAUUCUGUCAUCUUAGUUAUGGCGCCGUUGAUACUUUGAUUUUGCUUUCGUGGGUAAAGCUUCUGCUUCCUAUAUUCUUAGCAUUCUGCAAAUUUUGGGUGGCCAAGUUUUUUUUUUUAAAUUUUGUUACUAUAUAAUUUUUGGUGACAGAAGGGAAAAAAGGAAAAGGGAGAGGGUUUACGUUAGUGUGUAUAAUGUUAUUAGCUAUUCAUUGUCUUUUCAGGUUGAAUAUAGCAAAAUUUUGGUAUAUUAUAAUAGAAAGGACUGAUGUUGGUCCAUUCCUUUGGCC